AUGUCUUCUGAGCAGCUUACAGAACAACAUCUUUCUGGGGCUCUAAUAACAAGUCAUCUAACAUUACAACAGUUUAAGGAUCUAAUUUCCGAUACUGGAAUAGAAUCAGAAAGUUUAGAUGGUAACGUUGAAUCAUGGUACCAACAUCUCAUGGAACGUGAUUCACAUCUGAGAGAAAAUAUUUCUAAAGAGGUUCGUUCAUUCAUAUCAAGAACAAAAGAAACUCAAAUUAAAGAGUUAGAAGAUUUACAAUCAUCAAAAACUUUUACUUUAGAGGAGCUAAUUAACCAUCUCUAUUCUAUCGAUCAGAUUUUGAAUAUAAAGCUCAAAAAUCUAGAUGAUGAGAUAUCAGAAAACACAGUAAAGUUUAAAAAGUUAAAUGAUAUGAUCCUUCAAUCAAAUAAUGAUACCUCUGAUGGGAACAGUAGUGCUGAUAUUACAGAUACACUUGAAACUAUUAAAAAAUAUAAAUCCAUGAUAUCUAAUGAUAUAGAUGAUCCAAUAUGA